UCCUUCUGGCUGUGAACUUGCAAUGACAAGCCUCUGGAAUCGUUGCUUCAUGUUAAUGUUUGACAAGUAGGAAGAAGGUCGCAGACAACAGUGAUAGCGAGUGCUUUGUCAUUCUGUGAAUAACACACCAGACUGAGACAGACAAUGCCGGACACAAUGGAGGUUCUGGUGCUGAUUGACUUCGUGGGCACCAUGGGGGACGAGAUCACGGUGCGGACAGGAGAUGUGGUGAAAAACGUCACCAAGGCCAGCGAGGACGGCUGGCUGGAGGGUGAGAUGCAAGGGAAACGAGGCAUCUUCCCCGCCAACUUCGUAACGGAGGUGCCUGUUUAUUUGAUGGGGGACAGCAAGAGGGAACCAAGAAGCAUCCGAACAACAAAAAGGAUGAAACAAGUACGGACAUGCGAGGUGGUGUUUGCCUACUGCCCCCUCAACGAGGACGAGCUGCAGUUGGUCGUCGGGGAGAAGGUGGAAAUAAUCAGCGAGAUCGAAGAUGGAUGGUGGAUGGGCAUCAAAAAUGGCAGAGUGGGGGCAUUUCCGUCCAACUUUGUCAGAGAAAUCUUCGUCGCCCCUAAAGAUGGCAAACACAACGACAGCAAGGCCAGACCGAAGCUAAGCAAUGCAGUCUUCAAUAAAGAGAUAUCCCAGAGAGCAACAGUGCGCAGCAAAGCAAAAAACGUGGUAGAGUGUUGUCAAGUCAUGUUCGACUACAAGGCUAAAGCAACGGACGAGCUGGAUUUGAAGAUUGGGGACGUUGUCGUCAUACUCCGAAAGGACACCGAAGAUGACGGCUGGUGGGAGGGUGAGCUAAACGGACGUUGUGGAUUCUUCCCCGAUAACUUCGUCAUGGUGAUACCGCCAAUGGACAGUCUGAAGCCUGGCAACAAGAGCCUACCGCCCACACGCAAAAUCAACAAGGAGGUCUCAGUCAAAACAGAGGGCCCAGCCAUGGACAAAGUUGUCUCGACGACGACAAUAGAUGAAAAAACAGAGCUUAAGGACUUGCGAAGCCAUCCCCCAACCAAAAUCAAGCUUCCAAGCAUCAACAAACUCAGCCCGACUCAUCUCAAAGACAAAGCCAACAAGGGUUUAUCCAAAGCCAAUGGUGACAUGUCCCCACACUCGUCGAAAUCCCCAGAGGACAAAGACGGCGACCAUUUCGACGGCAUGGACCCAGACGGCGACAAGCUGAACCACCCGACAGCCAACCGAGCCAAGCCCCCCCAGAGAAGACCCCCCUCGGGCGCAGGUGUCGAAGAGCAGACUCCGAGUGACUCUGAACCAGAGGUGACCAAGAAGGGCCAAACCGAUAAACUGCCUGGCUUACAACAGGGUGCUGAGCAUCUCAAGCCGCCACCCGCCAAGCUGGACUACCGACCCAAGACGCCGCCUCCAGCGCUGCCGGCGCCUCCACGGGUGCAGGUGGAAGUCCGAAAUGUGGCCCAAAAAGACAAGGUGACGCUGGAGAGCUUGCAGGCAGACAUCAAUGAUCUGCAGAUGGCUCUGCAGCUUCUGCAGAUAGGACACGAACGCGACAUGCAGGAAGUGAAGGAAGAACUGCAGGACGAGAGAAACAAGCGACUAACACUGCAGGAAGAAGUAAUUGCGUUGAGACUGAAAAAUUAAUCUCAAAGCACAACAGAUCCUGCAGCUUGCCCAUGGACUGCAAAUAAGCUCACAAGCAAGGACUAUAUUAACCCCGUUGUUAUGUUACGGGUCAAAUUGACCUGUACAGAAAUCUAAAGAAAAAUAGGAUUACAUUUAUUCUGCUUGGCUUACUAUUGUUUCCCUUUCUUUUUUAAAUAAUCGACAAAAAUUUAAUUUGCACUGUGUUAAAAUUGUUUUGGAUGAUUAAAUGUAUUGCAGGUCACAUUGACCCAUGAACAUUGUUGGUAACAAAUGAACACAACAGGAGGGGGAGAGAGCUUGGCAUAUAUAUUUUUUUAUUAUUAUAUAUUUGUCCUGGGUUUUUAUUUUUGUAUAACAUUUACUCAUUAAUGUGACAUGUAUGUAUGUGGCUGUACUGAGGCAUAAAUGUAUUUUCUGUACAGUUUUGUUCCGCCUUGUCCAAGAAUAUUAUACUCCUAAUUUCCACGUGGAGGCGCCAUUGCGUUAUUAAAGAUCACCUUUUCUGAGA